ACUGAGGCUAUGAAGUAAACCCAUAAUUAAAAAGUCGUUUGACAAAAUAAAUAAAUAAAGUCGUCUCUUACGCAGUAGCGUGGAAAAGGCUCUGAUUUAAUUUUCUCCAUAAAUACGUCUAAAAAAAAAAAAAAAAAAAAAGUAAGCCCAGCAUUAUUUUUUUCUUUUUUUCUUUUUUCUAUUUGAAGACCCCUUCUCUCGAGCUCUGGAACAUGCCCAAAUCACACCAAAUCCAACAAUUCGAUUCGGUUAUUCGGUCCCAUUGUGCUUAGAUUCCGUGGGCAUACCAAGCACCGAAAUUUGUUCAUGGAUUCUCGAUAUUUUCUUGCACUUUCUCUCUGUUUUCUCUGCUUCUUCCCCGAUCUCUCAUUCUCCUCCGUUCGAGUCCCAAAAUGGCUCUCAGAAAAGAAAACUGAGGAAUCUGUGCUUAGAUUGAAGACCGGCGCUUCUUCUGUAACCUUCGAUCCAACUCGGGUCACUCAGCUCUCAUGGCAUCCCAGGGCUUUUCUUUACAAGGGAUUUCUAUCUGAGGAGGAGUGUGACCACCUAAUCACUCUGGCUAAGGAUAAGCUAGAAAAGUCAAUGGUGGCCGAUAACGACUCUGGUAAGAGUAUUAUGAGCGAAGUACGUACCAGCUCUGGAAUGUUCCUCCAGAAGGCUCAGGAUCAAAUAGUUACUGACAUUGAGGCCAGAAUUGCUGCAUGGACUUUUCUUCCAGAAGAAAAUGGUGAGUCCAUGCAGAUACUGCACUAUGAGCAUGGUGAGAAGUAUGAACCCCAUUUUGAUUAUUUCCAUGACAAGGCGAAUCAAGAGUUGGGUGGCCACCGGGUUGCCACGGUAUUGAUGUAUUUGUCAAACGUUGAGAAGGGCGGGGAAACGAUCUUUCCCAAUGCAGAGCAAAAAAUGUCUCAACCAAAAGGUGCUAAUUGGUCAGAUUGUGCUAAAAGUGGCUAUGCAGUGAAACCAUACAAGGGAGAUGCCUUGCUGUUCUUCAGCCUUCAUCUCGAUGCUACUACCGACACAAAUAGCUUGCAUGGGAGCUGCCCUGUGAUUGAGGGUGAGAAGUGGUCUGCCACCAAGUGGAUUCAUGUUAGGUCCUUUGACAAGCCAGUGAAGCGAUCAAGCAGUGAUGAAUGCACGGAUGACAAUGAUAACUGCCCUUUAUGGGCUAAGGCCGGUGAAUGUGCAAAGAACCCUGUUUAUAUGGUGGGUUCUGAGGGUUUCCCUGGUAAUUGUCGGAAGAGUUGCAACUCGUGUUCAUCCUAAGCGGGCAUUACUUGGACUUUCUCCAGUUACAAACAAACUUCUUUCCCCUUAGGUUGGCUCCAAAGAGAGUAAGGUUUAAAUCCCAAAUAGUUGUAUAUACGAUUGAACUGUUGGAUAUUGGAGCCGUUCAGAUUGAACCCUUAAACUACAUCCAUAUUUUUCUACUGUUAAGCUUCACAUAUGGUGGAGCUGUCACUUUUCUCUUUUUAGGGUUCCAUUCAUAAAGAACCAAUUUUAUAAAAACUAAAGAAACAAAAAUGGGAUCUCUUGUAAUGCCCAUGGAAAA